AUGGAUUCUCUCACGACACAUCCGGCGACCGCGCAACAGGCCAAAGCCUUCACGUCUCCCGCGUCACUGUCCUUCCCUGGUGGAGCCGGUGAUCUGACGCCUCCGUCUGAGAAAGAUGGACAGUCCCAACCGAAUAACGGUGCGAACGGCUUCGUGAACGGUUCCCAGCCGGUCGCUAAUGGAGGUUCAGCAGGCAACGGGGUGAUGCCCGCGACGCCGGCAGCGACUCCAGGUGCCACUCAGGGAGUGAGCGGCAUCGUUCCAACGUUGCAAAACAUCGUCGCCACCGUCAAUCUCGAUUGCCGCUUGGAUCUCAAAACCAUCGCCUUGCAUGCCCGCAACGCCGAGUACAACCCAAAGCGUUUCGCGGCCGUCAUCAUGCGUAUUCGCGAACCCAAGACGACGGCUCUCAUCUUCGCUUCGGGCAAGAUGGUCGUGACGGGUGCCAAAUCGGAAGAUGACUCGAAGCUUGCCUCGCGCAAGUACGCUCGCAUCAUUCAGAAGCUUGGGUUCAACGCCAAGUUCACCGACUUCAAGAUUCAGAAUAUCGUUGGGUCGUGUGACAUCAAGUUCCCGAUUCGACUUGAGGGGUUGGCCUCGCGCCAUCACCACUUCAGCUCCUACGAGCCGGAGUUGUUCCCGGGUCUCAUCUACCGCAUGAUGAAGCCGAAGAUCGUGCUGCUCAUCUUUGUGAGCGGGAAGAUCGUCCUCACUGGCGCAAAAGUCCGUGAGGAGAUCUACCAGGCAUUCGAACUGAUCUAUCCGGUGUUGUCAGACUUCCGCAAGUCAUGA